UUUAAGGUUUGACCGGGUAGACAUAUAACAAUCAGGUUAGGGUUUCUCAUCCUCUACCAAAAAUCUGAGCGAGAAGGUUUCCAGUGCGUGCGGCUUCACCAAAUCCCUCCUCCGCAAUUCCACCAUGGCUGAACAAACUGAGAAGGCUUAUCUCAAACAACCCAAAGUGUUUUUAUGCUCGAAGAAAUCUGGUAAGGGGAAGAGGCCCGGUAAAGGUGGAAAUCGCUUCUGGAAAUCUGUUGGUCUUGGAUUCAAGACCCCCAAAGAAGCCAUCGAAGGAACCUUUAUUGACAAGAAGUGUCCAUUCACUGGCAAUGUUUCCAUCCGUGGUCGUAUCAUAGCCGGAACCUGUCACAGUGCCAAAAUGAAUCGGACUAUUAUUGUCAGGAGGAAUUAUCUUCACUUCAUUAAGAAAUAUCAGAGGUAUGAGAAGAGGCAUUCCAACAUUCCAGCUCAUGUGUCACCUGCCUUCCGUGUUAAGGAAGGUGAUCAUGUCAUUAUUGGUCAAUGCAGGCCACUCUCCAAGACAGUGAGGUUCAAUGUAUUGAAAGUCAUCCCAGCUGGAUCAUCCAGUGGUGCAAAGAAGGCAUUUUCUGGCAUAUGAGAUUUGGUUGGCACUCUUAGUAUAGAGAUUUUAUCAUCUAUGUUGAAAGUAAUUCCCGAUUUCUGUAUGGUGAAGUUCUUAUCAGUUUUGGUAAUUUUUGUUUGCUUUUGAAGUUCUGUACUGUGAUUUGAUAAAAGAUAUUUUAAUUAUGUUUAUUUUAC